AUGGAAACCAAAGAAGUAGAUGAUAGGGUAGAACUACUAAGAUAUACCAACAAUAUUCCCUUACUCGGAAAGCUAGUCAACCACCAACCACUAUGGAGUACCAACCCCAAGCUGAAGUCUUUUUCACUCGAAAAAAUAUCAGCUCCUGACCAAAGGCGUAUACAAGAGGCGUUAGUCGUAAAAGAUCUUUUAAAUGUACUGAUUGGGCUUGAGGGAACGUACAUCAGAUAUUUUAACGACUAUGAACCUAGUGACCCAGAGACGCCGAUAGAGUUUAAGAUUGCCAGGAAAAUGGAUCCAUCAUUCAAAACAUUUAGUAGAAGGAUUGUUAGAUAUGGUAAGCAAUACAUGGUAUUAACGAAAGCGUACGAAAAAUGGUCUGAUGCAACAUAUGGAAUGGUUUUGCAAAGAUUUGGAUAUGAAAUUAGAAGAUUUCUGGAGGAUGUAUAUUUGAAAACACUGGUUGAAAGGCUUGAAAGGGACUUCAAUAAAGUACCUAAUUUUUCCAUCAGAGAACUAGAACAGAUUAUUAAUGAAACCGAAAUAAACAAGCAAAUGGAUUUGCUUUACAACAUUUAUGAAGAAAUUUGUAAAGAAAUAGAGGAAAGAAAAAUAAACCAGUCUUCACAAGACAAUUUCAAUAAUUUCAUGGACAAUAUGAGAAACGAGAGCAGUUUACACUUAAGGUUAAUGGUAGCAUUCGACACAACCGUGUAUCCAGUACCAAAAGGUGGUGCAAUAUUGAAAAUCUUUCAACAGAAAAUACUUGAAAAUUUAGGUGAUAGGUCAAGUGUUAUAUUUCUGAAAAAACUAUUAAAUAACAUAAGCCAGGACUAUUGUACAAUGUUGUAUGAAUGGUUAACACAAGGUCUCUUGAACGACCCUUAUCAAGAAUUUAUGACUUAUGAUGAUUUGGAAGGUAAAACAGAUAGUAUCUUUGAUGCAAGAGAUAGGGCGUGGGAUACACAGUAUUUUAUUAGAAAAGAUGUAUUACUACGGGAUUGUGACUCUGAAGAGGAUAAAUAUCUGUUGUUCAAAAUCUUAAGAACUGGAAUUUUACUCAAAGUAGUACGAUCUAGCUUACAAGUAUCUACCAUACCUUCUAGUAGCAGUGAUAUACCCAUUCAAGAAAUUCGUGACUUUGCCGAGUUGAUGGAGGGUACUAAUUUUGAACUUUAUGUGGAAAAGUGCUACAAAAGAGCCAAUAAAAUUUUUCUUGAACUCUUUUUUCAAGGUUACGAUUUGACUAAUGUGUUAAAACAGUUGCAAGAGGUUUUUCUUGGUUAUCACUUUGGCCACAAUGUUUUAAAAUUUAUAACCAAAAAUAUGAGUGAGCUGACCAAGCAUUACAAGAGUAAUACUAAUGCAAAUCAUGACAAGUUGCUGCAAAAUUUUGAAUUGGAGAGGCAAUCAAAACAUUCGAACAAUUUGAUGAGACAGCUCCUGACUGCACAGUUCGAUACAGAAGCACUCCCACAGGUUCUGUCACAUUAUCUCCAAAUUUAUCCAGAAGUGCCUGAAAACCACCCAAUGAACGAUGACAGUGACCCAUUGAUGGAGGCGAACAAUUUCAAAAAUAUGAACGCCAUUCUUUUUGACGAACUAAGUAAAGGAAGAACGGGCACCAAUCAUAUGACCAACCCUGAACUAUACACACCUCGAAACGCCAUUUAUCAUUUGAAAUUUAAUAUCAACAUGCCUUAUCCAUUAAAUAUUAUUAUUAGUAGGACAUGCCUGAUAAAAUACCAAAUUAUUUCACGCUAUCAACUUGUUUUACAGUAUCACUCAAGACUGUUAGAUGACACCUGGAUGGAUUUGAAUAAAAGUUCCAGUUGGAAAUACAGAGGCUAUUCAAUUACGGUGAAGAGGGGUAUUAUAAGAGCUACCAGAGUACUGCAUGGUAAAAUGAACCAUUUCAUUAAGGCCAUCAUGGAAUACUUCAACCAAAACGUAAUUGAUAAAGAGGUCCACUCAUUGGAAAAGUGCUAUAAGAAUCCUACUCUCGCUGUUGAUAUCCAGAAUGAGUUAGAGGGUGGAUUAACAAAUAUAAUGACCAAUCGUUGCUUGUCCGACCUGAUUCCGCUGCAGUUACAAAUAUUUGACAUUGUGUACAAGUUUUGCAAGUUCAUUAAGUCUAUGAAAGCAAAAUUAUGCCAGUUGGAUCCCGUACUAUAUGAGAACCAUAGAAGCGGGAUGUCAAAUUUAUUAAACGAUGACCUUCGUACAAGCCACACUGCCCAUGAAGAUACUGCCUACCAGGAAGAUGCUGCCUUGGAACUUAUUCAGAAGCUAAUCGAAUACAUCAGCAAUGCGUCCAAAAUAUAUGCCAAGUAUCUCGUAGAGUUCACUCAAGAGUUAAGUACUGAGAAAUUCGAUUUUUAUGAUAGUUCAAGCGUCGAUGUUGCGGGUAUUGAGAGGGUCCUUUUCUCUAUAACGCCCUCUCAUUCAGCACCAGCUUCUUCCCGAAAAUGA